AUCAGUGUUACCUUCUGAGUUUCCGUAGCUUAUGAAAGCGAAGGUUAGCCGUGUGCUACUUUGGAAACUGAUGUAGUGACAUUGAAGACAUUUACGKUUUACUUUGCUGAAUAAUAACAGGGUCUCAUCAUGGUGUCAGGAAAGCGUCUGGCUGACAUCGGCUACCGGACUUUUUCUGCCUCGAUGAUCCUGCUAACGAUGUACGGAGGCUACCUGUGUGCAGUGGCAGGAUACCACUUCGUCCAGAAGCGAAAACAGCUGAAAUUAGCAGCAGAGAACCAAGAUCCUGAACUCAUGAAAGGCUGACAUCAUGAGGACUGUAUUAUGUUUUGUUUUGAUUUUUGCACAGAUGUGGACAUUUCCCAUUCCUCUUUAAGUUUUUGUUCACCUCUGCAUUAUGAAGAGGUUAAAUCCUCCCUGGAUGUCUGUGUAACUUCCUCAAGUAACUCACAAAAGUAAUUUGUGUUUACAAAAUCCACAAAUAAAUGAAUUCAAAACGUA